GUUCAUCUUAACAGCCCAUCUUAGAGGUUAUGAGGAAGAUGAUAUAAAUAUCGAAAUAAGCCAGGAUGGGACUAUACUGGUGAUAAGUGGUGAGAAAACGGUUAAUGUGGCGGUUCUGGUGGGAUGGUGGAGGUACAAGAAUGGAAUAGAAACCAUGAAGUUCAGGAAAAGGUUUAGAAUUCCUGAGGGAGUGGAUUUGGAUGAAAUAAAAGCCAAUUUUACAGAAGGUGAUGAAUCAAUGUUAACUGUCUCAAUGCCAAAGACAGUGAAAGGAAUGUCCGGGACAGUGAUUGAGGAAAUGGAAGAGCCAGAUGUUAUGAGACAAGGCUCUGAAGCUCUGCAAAGGACCUCCAAGGAGUCUGAUAUCAUCAAGUCGGGUGAAGAAACAAUUGAAGGUCAUCAAGAUAAUUCGAAGGCGCCAUCUAAUCAUCCGUACGGUGAUCAAAAAGAGGAUCAAGAAGCUCUCCCAGAAGAGGAAAUGACCAAAGAUCAUCAUCAAGAAAUUGCAAAAAAGCCCCAUGAUCAAGAAACCAAACAAAGUGCUAUCGUCCAUGAGUCCUCCCCUCAGGGAAAAAGCGAAUCAAGUCCAAAAGAAAUGGAACCUAACCAUGACCAAACAGGCGAUCAAAAACCCGAGUCUUCGUCAGGAGCUAAAGCACAAGACGAAGAACAUGAAAAAGAAGACGUGCUAUCUAAAAGAGCUGAAGCACAUGAAGAAGAAGAAUAUAUAUUACCAUCACGUGAAGCCGAGGUUGAAGAAGGGCAUGAUCAUCAUCACACAAGGGGAGAAGAGGGCGAAAAGAAAGAAGAUGAAAGUCGUGAGAAAAGCAGCAUGCUAUGUACUCCUAUUAUUUAUGUGGGCUCGGCAUUGUUCCUUUCUCUCGUAACCAUUUUGGUUCGAUUCUUUAGAUCUACAAAACAACCCCCGAGAACGAAGAACUAAUACAUAGACGCUUUUAAAAACAUGAUAAAUGUUUGUCUAAUUUGUUUGAUAAGUAUUCCAUGUAUAUACUUCUGAGAUGAGACAUAUUAAUUUUUACUGCAAGAAUGUUUUCAUUUGGAUGUUGUUGUAAUGUUUUCAUUUGGACCAAGAAACUGAAAUUAAGAAGUGAAGGAUGUACAUAGUAAUCAUAAUAUUAUCCAUGUGCGUCGUCCGUAUACAUACUUCUCUCCAAU